AUGAUGACAUUUGCUACGGAAAAGGAAUAUGAACAAGAAAAAGAAAAGGGAAGAAAAAAGAAAAUCGAACAAAGAAAGAAAUCAGGAGAAACUGAAAAUACAAAAGAAACCUUGGACGAAGAAAAGGAUAGAAUAAGUAUUAUUUUUUGGAACAUAUGUGGGUUGAAGAAUAAAGAUAAAGACUUUUGGGAUUAUAUAAGGAAAUUCGAGGUGGUGGGCUUGGUUGAGACUUGGGUAGAAGAAAAAAACUGGGAAAAUACUAGAAAUAAAUUGCCAAAAGAAUAUAGAUGGAAAUCCGAACAUGCGAAAAGAAGCAAGAAGAGGGGAAGAGCAAAGGGUGGAAUAAUAACAGGCAUUAAGGAAGAUGUAGAAGAAAUAGAGGAAGAGAGAAUUAAAUCAGUUGAAGGAAUACAAGAGAGAAGAAUUAAAAUAGGGGACAAUAGUUGGAGGAUAAUGACAGUAUACAGUCAGAACGUAAAAAAGACCAGUAGAGAUUUAGAUGAAAUAAAUUAUGAAAUAGAUGAAAAAUAUUGCUUGGUGGUAGGCGGGGAUUUCAAUGCUAGAAUUGGAAACAAGGGAGCUGAAUGGGAGUGGGACAAGGAAAAGGAUGAGGGAAAAAGGAAAUCAAAAGACCGAACAGAGAACAAAGAAGGAAAGAAACUGUUGGAGUUGGUAGAGGAAAAGGGAUGGAAAAUACUGAAUGGGAAUACAGAAGGUGACAAAGAGGGUGAAUACACAUAUAUAGGGGGGCAAGGGAGAUCAGUUAUAGAUUAUGUUAUCUGUAAUGAAAUAGCGGACCAUGGCAUCAGAGAUAUGGAGGUUGGAAUAAGGAGCGACUCAGAUCACCUACCAACAAUUACACAGGUGGAAAAGACUAAGAAGGAAGAGUUAGAGAACAGAAGAGAAAAAGAGAUAUACGAAUGGAAUGAGAAGUCGAUUGAAGAAUAUAGAAGAAAACUGAGAGAGUACAAUACAGGAGGAGGAACAGUGGAAGAGAUGGCCAGAAAACUAAAAGUAGAGAUGGGGAAGGCAUCUCGUAAGAAGGUUAUCAAAAUGGGAGGAAUAGAAAAGAGGGGAAUUUCAUGGUGGGACGAAGAAUGCUGGCAGAAGAAAAUAGAAGUAAGAAGGAAAUUGAGACGAUGGCUAAAGAACAGAGGUAAUGAAAAGGAAUAUAGAAAAGAAAUUAAGGACUAUAAGAAAUUAAUAAAAGAGAAGAAAGCAAAGAAACAGGAUGAAGAAGACCAGAAAUUAAAGGAUAUAAGAACGGAAGCGGAAGCAUGGAAAUAUAUAAACCAAGAAAGGAAGAUAAAAACGGGAUCAAAAUUCUAG